UUGACAAUUAAAAGUCUACGGCCUUUGUUUUAAAUUGCUCGAGCGAAUUGAUGGACGUAAUUGCGGUAGACUGCGAUUGGUAUAAAAAAAAGAAAACGAAAAUUGCACAUUCCGCGUUUAAUCGAAUUUAGAUCGCACGUAUAUGUACACUGGCUCACAGAAAGGUUACGACACUUUUUUUUAAUCAUUUUCGGAACACAGUCUAUUCACCGAGCGAUUGUUUGCUACCAAUGGAUCUAACCAAUUAUGUUCAAUCGCCCACGAGCAAAACUGCAUUCCAAAAUCCAUCAAAAUAAAAAUGUUGCAACCUUUCUAUAAGCGAGUGUACAUAUAUACCUACGUCGCGUGCGCUGGUUUGCAAAAUCCUGUUAUUGCAAAACUACCUCUCGAAUUUCGACAUUUGUUUAAUUUAUUAUAAUAAUAAUAAAGAGAUGAACGCGCUCUUGAAUUUGCGGAGAAAUAAAUUGAUAAAUAGUCUUUCUUAAGUAAAAAGAAACAAUUGACUAAAUCGUAGACAAAAAAAAUUAAACGAAACAGAUGUGUUGUUACAAGACAAAAAUAUACUUUAACAUUAAAAUUAUCGAUCAAUAAUAUUCAAAAGAGCCAAUAUUAUUCAAAUAAAUUGACAAUGAUAGAUUAACAUAAUUGUCGAAUCAUCAUGUCACUUUCUGCCAAUUUUCUUUAAACGCAACGUAUGUUUCUCUGAUUAUUUCAAUUAUGAGUGAUUCACAGUGAUUGACAUGUGUAGAGGUACGUUUUACUUGGAAGCACUAUCUUCUCAUGCAUUUUCGUGGUACAUCCUGAAUAUGCAAACUUUAUAUAGUCCGUGCGCUAUCAGUCGGAUUUUAUCGGACACUUGGCUCGCUACUCUACUAAUGCAUAACGUCGAAUAUGCACGUCAGUAUUUAUGUCGUACAUGUGUAUAGAAAUGUAUCUACACGUAAUAAAAUUAAUGUGCGGUGCAACGAUCGAUAACACUAGUUAUACUGUAGCAAACGCGAGGCAAAAAAGAUCGCAAGUCCGUUAACCGCUCGAUAAGCGUGGCAUAAAGUGUGUACAAUCGUUCGUCUUGUUGUGCUAAAUUAAAAAUUAAAUCUUUUUUGCUUUAAAUAGAAUACAUAAUAUAAUAUUAUAUAUCAAUUUACCUAUAUAAUAAAUUUUUGUUUAUAUAUCAGUUAUUUGCCUGCCUUUCGGAUGUGAAAUCUAAUUCAAAAUAUCUCUCCAAAUAAUCGUAUUAAAUUCCGAUCAAAUGGUAAUUGAAUUGAAGAUUAAUUUUGCGAUUGCGUUAAUUCGAUGCGCUUCUUAAUGAAUAUCUCUUAUUCGAGUAUUUUAUCGAGUACCAAAUAACUUGUAUGUUUUCGCUUGUGUGAAGCGUGCUCCUAUUUUGAAGCGCGCUUUGAGAACCCAGUUUAUCGAUUUCAACACUGGGAACGCCUCUCCUGCUUUAGGCACGCAUUCGAAUGCAAAUGAAAAGACUAAUUGACAUCUUGAAUGCCGAGGAAUUGUGUAUUCCACUCAAGUAUCCUGGUCUUGGUUUUCGGUCGAGCGAAUUUUUGCGAGCCUCUCUCGACUUUCGCGCUCGACGAGCGAGCGACAGGGACGUUGGUGGAAGUCAGAAUGGCAUCAUGAAUAGGACGGAAUUCAACAUUGUCCUGAGCACGGAGCCACAGAGGACGUCUCCGAACAUGAUUCACUCUCACAUUCCGGUGCCGAGAAUAUCGGCCGCUUUCAAGGCUCAAGAAAGAUGUCCUCCGAAGCGCCGAGGAUCCUUCGAAAAGCUCGGCCGCGGAACAGGCAAUGUCGCAGCUCAAAGAGCGUCCUUCGAGAAGCUCGAGGCUUCAGUCGUACAGUUGAGGUCGCGCAACAACAAUCAACUGUCAACUUCCAGCAUUGAAAUGCGAAAGUCCGAGGAAAAGUCGGCGCCGCCGAUGAGUCCCCCUUGCAAGACAAGCGAUGUCAUCCGGCUCAAUAGGAGUAACAGCUUCUUGGAGAGCAAGUGGAAGGGCAAAUAUGAGGAUUCGGAGAAAAGGCGAAAACACCUGCUGCAGAAGAGCGAAGCUGCGAAUAAAGAGCAUACAGAUUUGGAGAAAAAAUAUCAACAACUGCAGAGGGAAAAUAAUGUGCUGCAAUCGCAGGUUCAAGAUAAAGAGCAGAAGCUACUAAAGUUGCGAACAGUUUCUGAAGCGGUAUGUAAAGAAUACGAGCAAUUAAAACACCAGUAUGACGUGGAAUUAAACGCAAUGCACAAAGCAAUGCAACAAGCCUCUCAGUGGUACCGACAAAACCGCGAACUGAAGCGAAGAUCUCAGAUCAUGGCGCAGAAGUUUCUACAUAGUAAUCCAGAUGAGUCGCUACAUUUUGACGUAUCCGACGAAGUGGACUCGAACUUCGAAGAUUUAGACCAGUUGAGACAAACAGUGAAAGAACUGAGCGGUGAAAUAGCGCGAUUACAAACGGAUCUUCAUUCCGCGCGGCUCCAGGAAUUCGAAGCGCAGGAACAGGUGAUGCAAUUGACCACGCAACUGGAGGAGGAAAGGAUCCUUCGACAAAAAGACCAGGAGAAAAUUAACGAGAUGAAAGUGCACAAGGAAAAUAUGGAAAGAGUCACGAAAAUGGUGGCCGAGGAGGUGCAGACUCUGAAGACGCAAUGCGACCGCGAGAGAGAAAGUGCGAAAAUUCUGAAAAUGAAAGCCGAAAGGGUCCAGAAAGAACGAAACGUCUUAGCACAUCAAAGCGCUCUUCUUAUGGCCGAGGUUGGAGACGAUCCGAACGGAAGAUUGUUAGCCGUUUUGCAAGAAGUGGAAUCUCUAAAAAGGCUACUGGAAGAGGAACAGCAAAAUCAUGCUUCUCAAGUGCAGAUGUUACAGGAGAAAUUAGAGGAGAAAGAAUCGAAUGUAGAAUUCGAGAUUGUCGAGGAGAAGUUGAAGCUUGCGGAGUCCGAGUUAGAGGUAGUUGUUCAGAGAGCCGAGAGGGCCGAAAAAUCGAUGGAGGAGCUGGAAAACGUUGUACAGUGUUUCAAACAAAAAAUCAACGAGCUAGAGGAGAAAGCUUCGAGACCGCCACCACCACCGUUACCGCCACCACCUCCACCACCGCCGAUGUCGACGAUCGGUCAAUCAUCGAUAAAAUUGCUGACCAAAGAAAAAUUGACCUCUGCUGUAAGCGAUAUGGAAAAUAUGCUUGGCAUCACGCCGAAAAAAACGCCUGUGGUCGCACAACAACCCGCUAUCGACGAUAUUAUUAAUCAAAUUAAAGGCGGACGUUUCACACUAAAGCAAACGGAUAAACAAAGAGAAGAAGAGAGAAAAAGACGACAAGAAGCGGAGAGUAAGCCGCCAGCAGUUUCUGAAAUGCUAAAUAUUCUUGGUACUAUGAGACGAAGAGCCAAACCAAUAAGGCAAUCAUUCAAAUUUACAGACACGGCGCCAUAGUAAUGAGGAUUAUUUGAAUGGAUACAAUUUGCAAUUCCAACAAAAGCUCGACGAGUCUCGAUGAGUUAAAAAUUAUACAUUAUCAUUAUGUGACAAUACAAUAUAUUCUAUUAUUUUACGUGUACAUUUUCUCUUAUAGAUCUGUCUUGCUCAACCAAAAUUUAUUUAUUUGACUGUAAAAGUAAUUUUUGUAUUAAAAACCUUAAGCUAAACGAGAUCUAAUGCAAGAUUAAUGGCCAUUUUGCAAAUGUUUUGUAAGUUACAUGUUAAGAGAAAUAAAGACAAAAUAAUGAAAAA